CACUCAGAUCCUCACCCAUUCUACGAACGGUCGAAAAAGGAUGUCGGUCUCGGCGAUCUUCGGUGUCAAAAUCGUUGCCUUCUCCCCCAACCCUAUUCUCCGGCAACCAUCCCAUGGAUUUUCCGGUGGUACGACAAGUGUAGCGCCGCCUGCAGUUGGUUACGGUCAUGGAAACAGUCUGGGGUUAGUGAUAGAAUGCUCAUCGAGGCCGCAGAAGAAGGCCACCGCACACCACCGGAAAACAAGGCCUAGGAAGACUCAGGCGUGGGACAGAAACCGUGGCCCCGCCGUUUACCCACCUUUGCCUUCUCUUCCUCCGGAGUGGACUCUCGUCACUGAUACGGUCGUUGAAGAUUCAUCUUCUUCGUCGCCGGCGGUAUCUGAGUAGGAUUACUUUCUUGUUAAAUUUUAAUUUGAUGUUCAGUUAAUGCUUGCGUGGAUGCUUAAUUUCUUCCAUGGUUUUAGUUGUGUUGAUGUUAUGGAAUGGGUCGUCUAUGACAGUUGCCUAUUGGUUUAUCCUUGUAUUUUUUUUGCACACCACUUGUUCGAUGUUAUUCCUGAAUGAAUAAACUUUCCUGUUUUACGUAUGG